AUGAAAAGGAAUGGCUUUUGGCGUCGUCCUACUUCUGCAUUGCCUGGCAGUGUUAAACCAGUAGAAUCCAAGACUGGUGCUACAAAUUUGGUCAUUGGUGCUCAAUACUCUUAUAAUGAUAUGUUGUCAAAUGUUAAUUCUGAAGGUCUAAGCAAUAAUAGCAAUAAUAAAGUAGGAGAUUUAAGUAACCAAGAAAAUUCACAAGAGCCUUCUAAAAGUGAUUUUUUUGAAUUCUUGACCGAGACAAAUGAUGAUUGGAAUGAUAAAUCUGAUGAAGAAGACUUAUCCACAGAAAGAAAUUUAAAGAAUAAAGAGGUUUCAUCAUUAUCAUCAUUAAAUAAUAAUAAUACCGACAAUGACAAAGAGAAAUCCAAUGAUUCGUCAGAUUCGAUUGCAGAAAGAUUGACACUUAACGACAAUCAAACAUCUAAUGUUAAAAAUGAAAUUGCAGAAAUCGGUUAUUUACCAUGUAAUACUGAUCGCCGAGUUACAACUCUGGCGCGUAAAAGAAAAGAAUAUAUAGAUAGUGUAUCUCAAGCUUACGCGAGAGGAAUAGAAGGAUUAGAUCAUAUAAUAUGGCAUCAAAUUCAUAUUGAUGUACCCAGAACUAAUCCAGGAAUUCCUCUUUAUCAAUAUGAAACAACUCAACAGUGUCUAGAACGAAUUUUAUAUGUAUGGGCAAUUCGUCACCCAGCAAGUGGAUAUGUCCAGGAUGAUGAUAAUCCAGAAAAUUACGAUCCAGGUAAUCUUCCUAAAGAAGUAUUAAAUGUAAUCGAAGCGGAUAGUUUUUGGUGUUUAUCUAAAUUACUUGAUGGUAUUCAGGACAAUUAUACAUUUGCACAACCUCCAUUAGCUGCACAUUUACAAGAUGAAGGAGUUGAAUUUAUACAACUAGCAUUUCGAUGGAUGAAUUGUUUAUUGAUGCGAGAAAUGUCACUUAGAAAUACCAUAAGAAUGUGGGAUACUUAUUUGGCUGAAGGACCAGAUGGAUUUUCAGAAUUUCAUUUAUACGUGUGUGCUGCAUUUUUAGUUAAAUGGUCAGAAAAGUUAAGCUGUCCUCUGAUAUGA